AUGGCAGAAUCGAAUUCGAUACCUUCCGUUGUUAUCAAUUCCUCUAAACAGAAUGGUCCUAUCAUCGUGAUUGAUAAUUACGACAGCUUCACUUACAAUCUCUGCCAGUAUAAACAAAAUUUUGAGAAUUGCUAUCUAUUUCUACAGUAUAUGGGAGAGCUACAAUGCCAUUUUGAAGUUUACCGCAAUGAUGAACUUACAGUAGAAGAGCUGAAAAGAAAAAAUCCAAGAGGAGUGUUGAUUUCUCCUGGACCUGGUACCCCUCAAGACUCUGGGAUUUCCUUGCAAACUGUUUUGGAACUCGGACCACUUGUUCCUUUAUUUGGAGUAUGUAUGGGUUUGCAGUGUAUAGGAGAAGCAUUUGGAGGAAAGAUUGUGCGGUCACCAUUUGGUGUUAUGCAUGGGAAAAGCUCAAUGGUUCACUAUGAUGAGAAAGGAGAAGAAGGCUUGUUCUCUGGAUUAUCAAACCCUUUCAUUGUAGGUAGAUAUCACAGUCUCGUGAUCGAAAAAGAUACAUUUCCUAGUGAUGAGCUCGAGGUUACAGCAUGGACAGAAGAUGGUCUGGUUAUGGCUGCCCGUCACAGAAAGUACAAGCAUAUACAGGGAGUUCAAUUUCAUCCGGAGAGUAUUAUAACAACUGAGGGCAAGACAAUUGUCCGCAAUUUCAUCAAAAUCGUAGAGAAAAAGGAUUCCGAGAAGCUGACGUAGACUAGCCUGAAUGAGAAAAUCUGCUGUGUUCGAAUAGUGCCUCCCUGUAAUAAUAUUUGCCAAUGCAAAAUGUUCCUUGCCAUCUUCCCAUUGUUUCUAUCAUAAAAAUUCGACUUGUUCCUCCACUUUUACUUAAUUUGUGAAAUGUGGAAAGCAGAAAGCUAUGGUUAUUUAAGCAUGCCUAGCGACAAAAAUUGCCGAGGGUCUUUCAGUUUUUAUUUGGUUCCUAGCUAAGCACCUACCCAAAAUGUGUCUAGUACUUCUUUCACUACAGGACGAACCUGUAAAGGCCAGAUAGUAUUCAUAAUGGUGUAAGAAACACAACAUACAUGAGAUGAGAUCAGAUAUCACUUUUCGUAUAUAUAAGAUAUGUAUGAGAUAUGUACUCCAUAAUUG